UUUUCCUCCGCCGACCGCUUUCUUCUAUUGCCAUUGCCGGUUAAUGAAGAGGGAGCUGGUUGUCGGAAGCUGGCCCAUUUGACGGAGUCCGGCGUGGUCGUGGAAGCUAUCCACGGAGUCCGCAUGGAGACCAGUUUGACGGCAUUGCGCGAACUAAGAACAUGUCAUGCAAGAUUGUUCUGCUUAGAUCAAGCAGCUAGAAUUUGAG